CCGCCUCUCGUCUUCCCUUGUAUUGUGCUUGAGCAUCUCCCGUUUCGCGCAUAACAUCUGUCUGGAAUGUCUACACGAAUGCACCCGCACUCCCCUCUUCCCGCGCCCGCUCUACACGCGAGCAAUCCGUCCACGCAGUCCAAGUCGCAUGUGCUCGCUGGAGUACAAGACGCGUACUGGAGCGAUGAUGAAGCGGAGGACGCAGAAUGCCCACUUUGCUUGGAGGAGAUGGACAUUUCAGAUCUCAACUUCAAGCCUUGUCCGUGCGGUUACCAGAUCUGUCGGUUCUGCUGGCACCAUAUCAAGGAGAACCUCAACCGGCGCUGUCCCGCUUGCCGGAGAGAGUAUACCGACGAGACUGUCCAGUUCAAGCCCAUCAACAAAGAGGAUCACAAGCGCUUGACGCAACAGAAGAAACAGAGGGAGCGCGAAAGGAAGGAACUGGAUGCCUUGGGCAGGCGACACCUUGCCAACGUGCGCGUCGUACAGCGCAACGUAGUGUAUGUGGUCGGGAUGGGUCCUCGAUUCGCGAAAGAGGAGCUGAUUCCUACGCUACGCUCGAGCGAGUACUUUGGGCAAUACGGUAAGAUCUCCAAGAUCGUCAUUGUCAAGCGUACUCCUCCCGGUGGCCGGGCUCCGGUCGUUGGGCUGUACAUCACCUAUCAUCGUCGCGAAGAUGCAGCCAGGGCAAUUGCCGCAGUCGACGGCGCGCCUUCGCCUGGAGGUGGCAGCGAGAUCAUGCGAGCGAGCCACGGUACGACGAAGUACUGUAUGGCGUUCUUGCGCGGCGUUUCGUGUACCGAACAUGGCUGCAUGAACUUGCAUGAAUGGGGAGACGAGAAGGAUUGCUUCACCAAGGAAGACCUUACGACUCUGAAACACACCAUGAAGGACACAGAGAACAGACCAAGAUCAACUAUCAUCACAAGGAAAGGCGACGAGGCGGACGGGUUACCUCGUGCAGCCGCUUGGGGCAAACAGGGGGCAGCUACAACAGCAUUGCACAACACCAACGUUGUUACGACUAUUCAGACGUCCACGCGGCAGACGAGGCGUGGUGGAACAGGUGCGAGACAACAACGCGCGGGUGCAACAGUAACCAGUGCAGCGGAGACGCGCAUGACAGGGAGGGAACGCAAAGGUGCCAACGCAGCUAAGGCGUCCUCUCAGGCCUCUUCUUCGCGUCCCGCAACCCCCGCGAGCACUGGCCAUUCUGCGAGGCCUGUUACACCUAGCAUGACCAAAGCGUCGAGGCCGAAAGAAGUUGCACCUCCACUCCCUCCACCACCUCGCUCGCCUACGUCGUCUACCCUCGAGUCUGAGAGUGGGUCAGCAGGCCAAGAUGUUCUACCCGCGGAGUCGCCCGUCCAAGCAGCAUCCACAGAAGUACCACCUGCGCCUCCCGGUCUGCCGGCGGUUCCUCCCGGCCUCACUGCACCCCCUGGUCUACCGCCGCCAUCUCGCACCGCAUCUACGAUGUCAUCACCACUCUCAAUCACCGUACAACCAUCGCAGUCUUCGUACCAAAUGUCUACUCAGGCACAAGCACUCAUGGAGGACCUUCGUGCCCGACGUGAGAUGCCUGCACCAACCGUCAUGGAGAAGAGCCCCUUCCCCGAUUUCGACCGAAUGCUGCAGACGCUCAGCGGAGACGAUGGUGGUUUUGGCGGUUUCAGCUUCAACUUGGAUCCCGCGCUCGCAGCAGAAGGGGCUGACGAGGCUCUUGUGCUACCAGAACUGGAUGCCACGCCGAACACGCCAUUCACCGGUACGUUCUUGGACGCAUUCCCGGGGCUGAGACAAAACGUGGUCUCGGGCCCGCUGACGGGACCACCUGGAUUGUCACACCCGGCUCGCCCUGCGUACGAGCCUAUGAGCCACCGUCAGCCGAUACUGGACCGGCAACCUUCUGGGAGCUCCGGGUACACGGGAUCAUUCAAUCCGUUUGGUACGGACACCAGUGAUGAUCUGUCGUCGAGGCGGUAUUCGCCGCUGGAUGAAGAGCGACAGGUAUCGCGCUUCACCUUCGCUCGUGGCCGGCAAGGAUCAACAUCUUCUUCCCUUCAUGCGUCAUCGCCCCUCAACCACACCGAUAACUUCGCGAAUGUGCCGUACUACAACUCCUCGGAUAUGGUCUCGCCGGCUCGUCGUGAGACCCCGCAGUGGUACCAGAACCGACACCAGCCUCAGGAGUUCAUCCAUGGACCGCACUCUGCGAUGGGCUCCCCCUUGGCCCAUCAAGCGCAGGCCCAGCCCCAAUAUGCGGCACAUCAGCAGCAGCAGCCUGGCCGGUUCCAGCCGUUUGACAAUGGCGUCAGCGAGGCGCAACUGCGCGAACUGAUCAACUCCAGCCGCGAACGCGAACGGGCUACUCAGUAUCGCAACGGACCGCCCGAUCCUUCGUCAUACAAGCCUAUACCAAAUCAACCGUUCAAUGAUCCUGCAAUAAUGUCUGCAAGGCUCUCAUCUCCGGCGAUCACGCAACCUACACACGACAACGUCUUCCCGAACUCGCCGUCGGUGGAGAGCUUCUCCUCUCACCGUAUGGGCUUCGGACCUCCUCCGGGGUUGUCCUUCCAAGAUGGCUCGCUAGGCAAUAUCGCAAGCUCGAUGAACCAUAGUGCGUACGGUAUGCCAAAUGGGUCCCUGGGUAGCGUUGAGGUCUCUCAAACGAGCGGGUCUGUGCAUGUCUCCGCAUCCCCCUCUGCCUCUGUUGAGCCCUCCGCUGUCCCCUCCCCCGCCUUGUCGUCUUCCGAUUUUCCAGCCUUGUCAGCGACUGCGACUGAGCCUGUGCUUCGUCGCGAACAGCCGUCUACCGAACCCGCUCCUGAAGCUGGUGCGGACACCCUCGACGACGCUGCAAGAGCCAAGGCCGAGCGCAAGGCCGCGAAGAAGGCCGCGGCCGAGGAGCGUGCGGCUGAGCGCAAGCGGGUAGCAGCGGAGAAGGCUGCGGCUCGGGCAGUGGAGAAGGAGCGUCUCGCACAAGAGAAGGCCGCUGAGAAGGAACGCCAAGCUGCGCUCAAGGCAGAGAAGGAGAAGGCGGCGAAGGAGAAGGCCGAGCAAGAGAAGGCGGAACGAGAGAAGGCGGCGGAAGGGAAGGCUGAGCGGCAGAGGGUGGAAAGGGAGAAGGCGGAGAAAGAUAAGGCAGAGAGCGACCGGGCUGCAAAGGAGCGUCUGGAGAAGGAGAGAGCUGAGAAGGAGCGGGUCGCCCAGGCCAACAAAGCAGCCGCAGCUGCCAGCGCGAAGACGUCAGGAAACCCUCAGCCCGGCACGCAGGCAGACGCUGAGUCUCCGGCUCCUGCGCUAGCUGACCAAGGCGCGGAGCAGACUAUUGGGCGCAAGCAAGGACCAAAGCAGACGGCCCCGAUCGUUGUGCCUGAGCCUGAGGUUCAAGUGCCUAUCCUCUCGAAGAUGCCCAAGAAGCACAAGCCGAAUACGAAGCCUAUCAAGAUUCCCAAGGAGGACUCCAACGCUGAUCCGUCCUCUGGCCUCCCAUCCUCGACGAACUCGGAGGCGCCUGGGCUGCCCGAUGUCCGUGUGCCUCAGACAGGCUCCAACGUCUCGCGCGCGCAGUCGGUUGACAGGACACUGCCGCUGCAGCGCGCGUCCGUGCAGGAGCUCCUGGAUGACCUCGAUUCGGAGUUCCAGCACCUGAACAUCCACAAGCACCCCUUCUUCGAUCUCUCGAAGAUCAACCCCGCGGCGAAGAUGCCGCUCGAGUACGGGCCGCUGGUGCACGCGCUCUCCGCGCUCUCCGUCGGGGGCGGCUCGUUCGCGAACAACAUGCCGUCGGGCGCGAUCGACAACGCGGUGUCGAGCUUUCAGCAGCUGCUCGAGACGCUGACGCAGACGAUCUCGGACCUGCUGCGGCUGCUGCCGCGCAAGACGUGGGACGACAACUCGUCGUUCGACGGCGUGCUCCGCGAGAUGCUCAAGGGCGACGACUUCCUCGACGACGGCGGCGAGGACGGGCACGGGCACGUGCGCGAGGACGAGGUCGCCGCGCUGACCCUCGCGCUCGAGCGCCGCGCGCGCUGGAUGGAGGUGCAGCUGAGCAAGCUGGAGGAGCUCCAUCGGGACAUCAACACGGCCGCGGUGCGCGCGGUGCUCUCGUUCAACGACAGCGGCUGGGACGCGCGCGGAUGCCUGCCGAAGGUGGGGAACACGCUCGUGCGGUUCGACCAGCUCGGUGUGGUGCACGACGGAAGUCUGAUGAGGCUGAUGAGCGCGGACGAGCUGGAGAGGAAGCUGGUGGUGGCGAAGGAGGAGGCGGCGUUUGCGGAGGCGGAGCUGAGGGAGACGAUGCAGCGCAUGCAGGCGGUGAAGCCGACGCGUGGGUAACACUGAGUACUGAGCGGCGGACGGGGCAAGAUGGAGACACGGUGUAAAACUGACAAUGGAUCAAUGGACAUACAGUGAUGCAGAAGCCUGAGUAUGAUACAAAUGUGUGUAUGUUACAUAUGUCGUCCGAUCUCGAAGACGCUACAAUGUGUCUCGUAUGAACUAAGCGAA